AUGGCGGCAAUGUCAUUAGGUUUCAUAGUGAUGGUGACUCCGUGGACAAUACAAGAAGUUGUGGUGGCUUGUACUGGAACCAAGAUGCCAGACUUUCUUGACUUCAUUGUGACAUGGAUGGCACUAAGCAACAGCUUUUGGAAUCCUUUCUUGUAUUGGUUGCUUAAUAACAACUUUAGAAGAAUUAGCAAAGAAUUGUUCUUAACUAAGGUGCUAUGUCGAGGAAAGAAAAGUCCAACUCAGUGCUGUACAGUUCCAACACCUCUUAGCCGUGACUUAGAGGAGAAAUACUGGGGAGAAAUCUUAGAAAGAGCUGUUUCUACUUCAAGUCUUGGAAAAUGUCCACCUCCUCCACCUCCUCCUCGAGCGAAAUGA